CAGAGACAACGUGUUCAGUUUACUACCAUUACCAGUAUCAAAAAAAGUGAAAUGUCUAACUUGUACGGUUUUUCAAACAUGAUGGAAGAUUACCAGCAACCCAACGCGCAGCCCGCUUCGAGUCCCAACAGCGAGGGACACAUCAAGAGGCCCAUGAACGCGUUCAUGGUGUGGUCGAGGAUUCAGCGCCGCAAAAUUGCAUUGGAUAACCCCAAAAUGCACAACUCCGAAAUCUCCAAACGUCUCGGUGCGGAGUGGAAGCUUCUUACCGAAGCUGACAAACGCCCCUUCAUCGAUGAAGCUAAGCGUUUACGCGCUCUGCACAUGAAGGAGCACCCAGACUACAAAUACCGCCCGAGGAGGAAACCGAAAGGUCCUCUACCAUCAGGAUUAAAACAAAGUGUUGGAUUUCCGAGUCUGCAGCUACCGUAUUUCCCACCCAUGGAUCAUCUAUCUUCAUCACCUUAUUCGGCGUACUUUAACCCAGCGUUCGAUAUGUCGCGUAUGAGCAUACCGCAGCCAGAAAAACAACAGCAACAUCAACACUACCAACCCGCCGUCGUAACAUCUCUACACUCUUCGUUGCACUCAUCUCUGUAUUCAUCCCUAUACCAUCAAGCACCGCCGAAGGCUUUCGCACCAUCGCACAUGCAGAUGUUCUCCUCCAUGCCCACAACGCCCAUGAUGUACUCCGCAUCGAGUAGUCCGGCAUCAAGUCCGGCGAGUUCGGAUCUGGAAAUACGCCGGCCAGUUCCAGUCAUGUAUUAGGCUUUUAGUGAAUUAUCGAACUGUGAAACAAAAGUGAUUUAGUUGCAAGUAAAAAGUAAAAUUGUUGUAUAUACUAUAUAGAGAGUUGUAUAUUGUUUUUAGUUACAAUUCUGUGUUCUGUGAUUGUAUAAGAUUGCGACUGAUUUUUGUAAAUAUUAGUUUUUUUCGAGUAGGGAAAGAGUCACCUCA